AUGAUAAAAGCUUUGCCUUGGUCGAUAAAUGAUGACAAUGUCAUCUCUGUAGAGUUGAAGCGUAAAUUCUGUUAUAAACAUGGUCCAAAAGUACAAGUCCGCCCGGAAAUCAUACGGAGAGCAGCGGAAUAUUUAGUAACGUGUGAUCUGUUUCGAACAUAUGGUAUAGAACUUGAAGGUUCAUGGACAAAUAAUGAACCUGAAGACACUGUCAAAUGUACCUGUAGUUCACCUAAGCAGGAAAGCAAUGUUGAUGAGAUCCCUGAUGUAAAUCCUGGUGUCAUAGAUACUCUGUUAGAUGAAAACCAAGACCUAACAUUAGUUAUGGCUCCAGUAGAAGGUGAAAGGCCAAUUUCCUUGUUUUUUGAUCGACAUCUGGAAGAGCUGGCAUUCAUAAAAGUACAUUGCGCUAUUGAGCGAAAAUACCUCGUGAACUUAAGUCAUUCUGAAGUCCCAUGCUCAGAAAUUUCCAUAAAUGACAGGCGAGCUGUAAGACCUGAUUACCUAUUUACUGCACUGAAAAAGCAACAAACUAUUGCCGUCAAAAAUAAUGUUACUACCUGUUUACGCAAAAAAACUGUCAGAUGUGCCCCUGUAUCAGCAUGUAAUGUGCUUCAAAAUAAUUUUGUUGACAAUUUAGUUCAACAUGACGAUGGGUAUCGUGUUCUUGGAGGAAUUAGAAAUUCUCCUGCUCACUGGGAAAGUGAAAAAAAAGUUGUUGGCAAUGCUAGUUCAAUAGAAACUCUCAAUGACAGUUUUCAAGCAAUUGUUUAUACCCAAGCUGUUGAAGAAGCGAAAGGGAAUUGGAUUCCUUUGCAAGAUAAUUUAGGAUACAUACGGAAAAGAACUAAAACUCGAAUAAUACGAUUUCGCCGGUACAGUUACAAUGAUGAUCCACACAAUUUCUAUAGGGAACAGAUAAUACUAUACAUCCUUUGGCGAAGCGAGGAGGAAGAAUUACUAAAUCCCAACAUAAAUUUAAAGGACAUAUUUGAUGAGUAUAAUGAAAGAAUAAUGGCCGAAAGUAAACAAUUCAAUAAACUAGGUGAUGCUGAAAUGUUUGAGACAUUGCUAACAGAAAUAAGAAAUGUAGAAUUAAUAAACGAAGAAGAAGAUGUGCAAGGAAGAGGAGUCAACGUGGAUGUAUUUGGAGGCUUUAAAUUUGAGACGCAAACAGUAGAUAUAGCAGAAGACCUCAUUCCAGGCGGAAAUUCCGGGCCGCAAUUGUGUGGUGACCCCUCAACUUUCAUUGCGCAACCGCCUCUCUUGUCUCAUGACGAUUUUUUGAUUGUAACUAUAAAAUUAAUGAUGCUCAAAGAGACACGUUAUUUAAUACUUAUCAACACUUUUCCAUUACUUCUCAACCACUUCGUUGCUUUAGUAACUCAUCACUUCCAGACACGUGUAAGGGCGCAGUUCAUCUAUUCAGCAGUAAUCGAGAAGUUGUUGAGUAUAAUUCUAAAAUACUCUCAAAUAUGA